GAGACCUCAUUGGCAUACAUAUUCCUUUUCUAGCCUAUUCUGCAGCCAGCCACAGUGCCUGGCGGCCUCGUGCGAAGAGGGCGGCUGAUCUCCCCAAACGCCUCGUACGGUGGUUGCUCGAAGGUAGAUUGUAGACAUGGGCCUGCCGGAGCAUCUCUUCGAGGCCCAUGCGUCCCCAGGUGGAGCAGCCAUCCUCAAGCAGGUGAAUCGGUCACAGAUCUGUCUUGCAUGUGGCUUGACGAGGCUGAUCUGGCUCCUGCAUGCCUUGAUGGUGUGGUGUGCUGGCAGUUUGAGUGUUCGGGUGAGUCAGUCGGCAGAGCGAUAUGACAGACCUGACGGGGAGUGGGCGCACCAGACUCACGAUUUCGCGAUGCCCUCCUGCUGUGUGUCGUGUUGGUGUUUUGCUUGCAGUGUGUCUCGACAUCGUCAGGGACCCUGUCAUCACGACUGAAUGCGCACACAUCUUCUGCAGGGGUACAGUGGGUGGGAAUGCCGCACGCACAACACACAGCUCAUUGCGUGCGUGCGUGCGUGUGUGUGUGUGUGUGUGAGUGCUUGCAGAUUGCUUCGGGACGAUGGACACGUGCCCACUCUGCCGCCAGGACACCGAUAUGCACCCGCUCAAGGGUCAGCAACACACAGGCCUGCCUGCCUGCCCACACCACACACAUGGGUGAUUGGGUGCUGUGUGUGUUGGUUUCAUUCGCUCAGAUACCAAUUCCGGCCGUGCCCUCUGGCGGGUGCUGUGCUGCCUCAAGAUGCGAUGCCCCAAGAGCGACGACUGGCAGAACCACCCCUGUGCGUGGGUGGGUGAGUACGCCGACCUCGAGAAGCACAUGGCCGAGUCAUGCGUCCAGCAGCAUCCCCUCUGUCCCCAGUGCAGGGCACAGGUACACACACACACACACACACAUCAAAUGCAUACUCUUUUGGCUCUCUGUCUCUCUCUCUUUCUGGAUCUGUGUGUGCGUCAGGAGUCGGUGAUUGCGGCCUUCAAGGAGGAGAUGGAGGCCAAGUUUGCUGCCGUGACGGCAAAGCUGGACCACUUGGGCGCCUGUAUCAUGCACCAUGCCGAAGUUACGCGGCACACGAGCGCUUCGAUGAUGCACACGACCCAGUAAGCAAGCAAGACAAGACGCGCAGCCGUCCAUUCCAUGGGCAUGCACAGUGAGUGAGUGAUGGUGUGUGCUCGAUCGAUCCACUCAGGCAAGUGGCGAUGCCAAUAUUUCACAGGCUGGACCUGAUGGCGAGCAAGUUGGACGUGGUCGACACCAUGGUCAACGUCGCACUGGAGCGCACCAGUGCUGCCGUUGUCCAAGUGGCCGAGUGAGCGAGAAAGGCACACACGUGGCUGUGCGUAGCGAGUCACACAUGGAUUACAAGUGUCGGUUGAUCGACUCAAACCUGCAGGCAACUCGCGACCAAGACGGCGCGCAAGUAUAAGUUCUGCAUCGAAAAUGGAAACAGCAACGACGUAAGGACAACCAACACCCACCCACACAGGCAGGCAGGCAGGGAGGCGGGCAAUGGCGACCUCUGACGUGUGGUGCGUUUGUAUGUGUGUGGGUGGCAGCUGACGCGUGGCCAGCACGACAUCACUUUGGGCCACAUCGAGCUGGGCACCUCACCCAACAACCUCAACCUCAAGGUCGACCUCACCAUCGACAAGGACAACGACUUCGAUGUCUACCUGUACCUCAGCACGGAGCAGGGCACGCCACAAAACAACACAACACAGCACAUCAUGCGCCUCUCUCGUCAUUCUCGACAUCAUCGUGUGCAGGUGAGGGAGACGUCCAGGCGGUGAUAUCGGCCGAGCCGCGGUGCUUCGCGCCCGUCAAGGAUACCCGCGUGCUGGACUGCACCCCCCAGGGCGUCCGCCUGUGCAACCGCCGCGACCUGACCUUUACCGAGGACGAUGAGCUGUGGUUGACGGUGGAGGUGCGGUCUGCGGUGGUGCUGCGGACGGUGCGGGAGAACAAGAAGAGCAGGGGCAAGUUCGAGGUGGGCCAGGAGAUAGUGGGCGGCCAGCGCGGCCGCCACGGCAACCGGCACUAGCAGGACCAACAUGCCCUGCCGCCACUAUGUAGCCAUCUAGCGAAGGAGGCAGGCAGCCAGCCUAUUAGCAUGAGAUAGAUGACCCGCUCACACGGAUGCACUGUAGGCUGGCAGGGAGGCAUCCGUGAGAUCGACCGGCCGUUUUGGUCAUCAUCGACUAGUGGGGCUGAUGGCGGGAUUCGUGUCGUGUGUGCAAGAUUGCAUCUCAUGUGUGACUAAGGGAAGAGGGGAGGGCCACUGUAUACGCUUCACAUUACACGGUUUUAACGACCAUUGGACGGAGCUCAUUUCGGCCAUGAUGCAUUUGAUGUGUCUGUAAUGAAUCCAUGGGGGCGGGGUGCCUGUUUGUGUGUUGGUGUACUCGUGUGUGUGUAUAUACAGUCGUGCAUGUGUGUGGUGUGGAUAGAUACGUAUCCUCUAUCCGUUUUCGGCCCGCAAGGGUGUGGUGUGCAUACUUCUUCCAUGUGCAAAUGCCUCCACGGCCUUUAUGCAAAUCAUGACUGACUGACAAAGCGACUGAUCUUUGUCUCCAUUCCCCGCACCCCCUCCAUCAGUCAGCUACGCGCAUGGCUGCCUAUCCGUCCGUCCGUCUGUCCGUCCGUCUGUCUGUCUGUCUGUCCGUCUGUCUGUCUGUCGUCUGUCUUCCUCUGUGUAUGCGCGACUAGCUUGGCGCGUGAGCUGCUGAUGGUCACGUGGGCAUAGUGAUGGGGGGCUGGGCAUGGCACACAUUCAUCUGGUAGCAAGGGACGCUUCUCCAUAGGAACUGAAAGCUGUUGAGUCGUUCGAUCCACAUUCAUAAACGAUAUGCUGCGUAUCCACAUCGCUCCAUCACUCCGCAAAAAAAAAAAGAGAAGACGGCCACAACCUCACAGUCACACAUACCACACCAGACUAGAAGAGACCAGAGAGACAGAGACGAAAAGAGA